CGAAUUACAAAAAAUGGAGCCGCCUAUUUCUCCUAUUGGUUUAGCGCUUCUCUCUCGGUGACUUUCUCACCGGAAAGUCGGUCCCCUCCAAUGAUGACAACACCUAUUGGUACCAACUCGAUGCUCUUAUCCAGGGUUGGAUCCUCUCCACAAUCAACGACGAGGUAUCCGACCUUGUCCUCUCCUCUACCGACUCGACCUCCGAACUUUGGCGAUCCAUUCACUCUCUUUUUCAUGACAAUAAACCGGCCCGGGCCAUGCAAUUGGAGCACCAAUUUCGGACAACGAAUAAAGGCUCGCUCUCCAUAUCGGCUUAUUGUCAAACUCUCAAGAAUAUAGCCGAUUGGUUGGAUGACGUAGAUGCCCCCGUCUCGGAACAACAGUUGGUGUUGCAGCGCACUUCGGAGGGGCUAUUUCUUCAUAAGACACAGUUUGCUCAGGAGAUCUUGGAGCGGGCGAACAUGCUGAACUUCAAGCCCGUCUCCACUCCAGUGGAUACUAAGGCGAAGCUCGGGGCCUCAUCCGGAAUACCUCUUCCUGAUCCCACUUUAUACAAGUCCAUCGUUGAGAUGGACAACGCCAUGCUUACUGCCCUCCCCUCCUUGGAGGAGGUCAAAAACGCUGUUUGGGCCCUAGAGAGCAACAGCGCUUCAGGACCGGAUGGCUACAACGGCCUUUUCUUUAGAACCACUUGGGAUAUCAUCAAGCAAGACAUGCUGAAAGCCUCCCAAGAGUUCUUCUUAGGGUUUGCCAUUCCCCGUGCUUUUGGAAGCACCCUAAUCACUUUAAUCCCUAAGAAGGAUUGCCCCAAAAGCUUUGACGACUAUAGGCCCAUUUCUUUGAGUACUUUUAUGAGCAAAUUUAAUACUAAAAUUUUAGCUUGCAGGUUAAAAACCAUCCUCCCUAAGAUUAUUUCCAAAAAAGCGGCGUUUCAAAAAGGGAAGUGCAUGUCUGACCACAUUCUCCUCGCUAUGGAAGCUUUGCACAACUUGAAUAGGAAAACAUUCGGAGGAAACAUCAUCCUUAAAAUUGACAUGGCAAAGGCGUUUGACACCCUACGUUGGGACUACCUGGAGGCGGUUCUUCUGGAGUUCGGUUUCGGCACCAAAGCAGCUAGCCUUCUCAUGGCUAACCUAAAAGGCAGUAUGCUCUCAGUCCUCAUUAACAGGCAACCUGCGGGCUACUUUCCCAUGACUAGGGGUGUCAAGCAAGGCGACCCUCUUUCGCCUCUUCUUUUCAUUAUUGUAAGUGAAGGUUUGUCUCGCCUACUUAACAGAAGCAUGGAGGAAUCCCAUAUCCACCACUACAACAUGGGAAGUGUGAAGUUUAUAGGCCACCUCACCUAUGCGGAUGACAUAAUGAUCUUUACUAAAGGUGACUCCGUCAACUACUCAAGCUCAAGAAGCUGCUGGAUGAAUACUCUUCAGAUUCUGGUCAGGUCAUUGAUCCAGCCAAGAGCAAGUUCUACGUCAAAGAAACCACUAACAGUACCUAGGGGUGGGCACGGAUCGAGACGGUCCGGAUUUUAGGUUGUUCCGGUCUUGUCCCGUUCUAUAUAAACGGUCCGGAACGGUUCGGAUUACAAUCUUAUCCCGGUUUGUCCCAUAAAAUUCGGGAUCGGAA